GACCCAAUUUGGUACCCGAAAGAAACCAUUUCUUCAAUUUCAGUCUCGCGCAAUUGUUCCACACUCUCAGCACCCGCUUCAUUUCGAAGCACACUCCGGAGUCCAAACAUCAAACACCUUCUCUGCACGCUAUAACUGAUAAAACUAAAAAAAUUGAAGAUGCAGAGAUUCAAAGCUCUGCUACCACGAACUAGAUUCUCAUCUCGUGCGCUCUGUUCUCAUCGUCGAGCUUUCUCCGCUCAACCAGAUUACGCUGAACGCAAUGACGACGACGAAGAUUCCCAAAACCAGAUUUUGGUUGAAGGAAGAGCGAAAUCGCGUACUGCAAUUCUCAACCGGCCAUCUUCUCUGAACGCGCUCACUACUUCAAUGGUUGCUAGGUUGAAGAGGCUUUAUGAUUCGUGGGAAGAAAACUCUGAUAUUGGCUUUGUUCUAAUGAAGGGUAGAGGCAGCGCUUUCUGUUCUGGUACAGAUGUUGUUAGGCUGUAUCACUCGCUCAAUGAAGGAAAGACUGAAGAAGCUAAAGAGUUUUUUAAAACAUUAUAUUCAUUUGUAUAUCUUCAAGGGACAUAUCUUAAACCACAUGUUUCUAUUUUGAAUGGAAGGACAAUGGGCUGUGGAUCUGGAAUUUCUCUUCCAGGGAUGUUCCGUGUGGUGACUGAUAAAACUAUUUUUUCCCACCCAGAGGCUCAAAUAGGCUUUCACCCUGAUGCUGGAGCUUCUUACCUUUUGUCUCGUCUACCCGGCUACUUAGGGGAAUACUUGGCCCUUACAGGAGAUAAGCUUAAUGGUGUAGAAAUGAUUGCUUGCCGCCUAGCUACACAUUAUUCACUGAAUGCAAGGCUUGCUUGGCUUGAAGAACGCCUUGGUAAACUGGUCACAGACGAUCCAUCUAUUGUAGAGGCAUCCCUUUCCCAAUAUGCUGAUCUCGUUUAUCCCGAGAGAAGUGGCAUCCUCCACAAGAUUGAUACUAUAGAUAGAUGUUUCAGUCAUGAUACAGUGGAGGAAAUCGUUGAAGCUUUGGAGAAAGAGGCAGCUGAUUCUUUAGAUCAAUGGUGUUUGACAACUCUCGGGAAACUAAGAGAAGCCUCCCCAUUGAGUUUGAAAGUUAUUUUACAAUCUAUUCGGGAAGGUAGAUUUGAAACUCUUGAUCAAUGUCUUGUACGUGAGUAUCGUGUAUCUGUUCGGGCAAUUUCUAAGCAGGUUUCCUCUGAUUUCAUUGAGGUAAUGAUUUUCCCUUCCAUCUUAUCCAUAAAGAACAACUUAAAUGUGUUAUUUAUGAUUUCACUUGACUUGUCCUUUAUGCAGGGUGUUCGAGCACGAAUGGUUGAUAAGGAUUUUGCACCCAAGUGGGAUCCACCUAGUUUAAAAGAUGUAUCAGAGGACAUGGUUGACCAUUAUUUCUCUCCAUUUGACGAAUUUGAGCCUGAACUGGUGCUGCCUACAGCAUUGCGAGAACCUUACAUGUGAAACAGGCACAACCCGGCAAUGUUUGUCACUAGCAAGAGUUAGCAAAUGUGCCAAAUAAGUUCUAAUUUGCUUUCGAAUUGAUGAAAAAUGUAGAAGUCGCACUUUUAUUUAGGUGGGGAGGGGUUUUUAAAUUAUUCCCAGGCUUUUAUGUAGAUUUAUCCAAUUUGUUAAAUUUUUGGUUCUAUGUUUUCUAUCAAGUUUCUUCUGCUUAAGAUUGAUCAAGAAUUCUUUAA